AUGGCGGAACCGCAGGAUGCUCCGCACGUGCUGCACGAGCUGACGGAGCGACGCGACACUGAUCUUCUUUCCGCGAUCUUCGCGAAACUGCCGUUCAAAACUCUCCUCGCCGCGUCGCAGGUGUGCCGCUUCUGGUCGCACGCGAGCGAGCAUCUGUUUCAGAGGGAGUGCGAGAGGAAAGGGUGGAAGCCACCGAGGCGAUCGCGAGGGCAGACUGGACUCUCCUCCUUCCGACCUACUGGACUCUCCUCCUUCCGACCUGUGAGCUCGCAAUUCCCCCGUCACUCCCUCCUUCACUCCCUCCUUCACUCCCUCCUUCACUCCCUCCUUCACUCCCUCCUUCACUCCCUCCUUCACUCCCUCACUCGCUUCCUCACUCGCUUCCUCCCUCUCUCUCCCCCACUUCCCCAUUAUUUCCCUUGUUCUGGUAUCCCUACCAUGUCUCCCUUCACCAGCCGUAAAAUCUUCAGCAUGAGAGGUUUUUGGGAGUUCUCGUCUCUGCCCUGCCUCCCUAACUCCUCGGUUUUUUCCCCUCUGUUGUCCCCUCUCCCCGCACUUCCCCUUUCUCUUUCUCCCCCUCCCCCCAGUGGCGCUCCCUCUACUUCCGCCAUGCCUGCAGGAGCUGCGGAGGCAAGGGCGAUGGCGUUCCCUCUUCUUCCGCCAUGCCUGCAGGAGCUGCGGUGGCAAGGGCGAGUUUAUAGCCCGACACGCCAAGCUGCCUCCCCCCUCUGCCCCUCCCAACGCUGCUUCUCCUAA